GGGCUCCAUCGCCCAAACAAAAACAACCCAAACAGCAGCGCCCUGCAUCCCACCCGCAUAGCAUCCCGCCACAUCUUUCUGCAUGCCGGCCUUACGAGUGCUGCGGUCGACGCAGCCGUUGCCCGCGGGAUUCGGCCGACUCUCUGUUGCUGUUGUUGCGCAGCGUCCGCCUCCGGCCUUGCUGCAGCUGCUGCAGCAGCGCUUUGCAGCUCAGGCUUAUCAAAAUAUGGCGCCAAAGCAGUUGACCCGCCCCGGCCAAUCACAGACCCGUGGGCUGGCGUCACAGACGGGGCCCACCACUCACUCUGGAGCCCCUCCCCCGCCUUGGGCAGAGCCCGAGGGAGAAGCCCUCUCCGCCUCCGGAGCUGAUUCUUCUGCUGCCGCUGCCACAAAACCAUCGACUGCUCAAUUGCAUUCGCGAACUACCCAAAUCGCACGGCACCUCCAGCAAGUCCGCAGCUACAGCUCAAGCAGCAGCACCACCAACCCCACUCCCGCUAGCACCAUGGCUUCUUCCCCGUACACCGUCCGCAAGGUCGGCGCCCCCUACACGCUCGACCACCGCGUCUACAUCGAGAAGGAUGGCGUCCCCAUCUCGCCCUUCCACGACAUCCCGCUCUAUGCCAACCAGGAGCAGACCAUCCUCAACAUGAUUGUCGAGAUCCCGCGCUGGACCAAUGCCAAGCUCGAGAUCUCCAAGGAUGAGCUCCUCAACCCCAUCAAGCAGGACACCAAGAAGGGCAAGCUCCGCUACGUCCGCAACUGCUUCCCCCACAAGGGCUACCUGUGGAACUACGGUGCCUUCCCUCAGACCUGGGAGGACCCCAACUCGAUCCACCCCGAGACCAAGGCCAAGGGUGACAACGACCCGCUCGACGUGUGCGAGAUCGGCGAGCUGGUCGGCUACACGGGCCAGGUCAAGCAGGUCAAGGUGCUCGGCGUGAUGGCGCUGCUGGACGAGGAGGAGACGGACUGGAAGGUCAUCGUCAUCGACGUCAACGACCCGCUCGCUCCCAAGCUCAACGACGUCGAGGACGUCGAGCGCCACCUGCCGGGCCUGCUGCGCGCCACCAACGAGUGGUUCCGCAUCUACAAGAUCCCCGACGGCAAGCCCGAGAACCAGUUCGCCUUCACCGGCGAGUGCAAGAACAAGUCCUACGCCAUGGACGUCAUCCGCGAGUGCAACGAGGCCUGGGAGAAGCUCAUCACGGGCAAGACUGCCGCCAGCAACAUCGCCACGACCAACCUGACGGUUGCCCACUCGACCAGCCGCGUCUCCCCCGACCAGCUGCCUCCUCUGCCCCAGAACCAGGACCUUCCGCCCGCCCCGAUUGACGCCUCGAUCGACAAGUGGUUCUUCAUCAGCGGUGCCUCUGCUUAAAUGGCUAGGUCAUCAUCAGGUUGUUGAGAGAGCGAGCA